AUGCCCGUUCAGACUAGUCCACCGUCAGUACCGGAUUCAUUCCCAUCCUUUAUGUCAGUGUUUGGUGGGAGACCGCCCAGCAUUGCCGACAAAGAGGAGCAGACGACAGCAGUAAACCCCCUCGAAGUGCCCACUAAUGUCACCUUUAACACGUCGCGACGCCCUCUUCCUUUUAAGCACCGUGAGAGCAUCUCGUCGAUGACAUCAGCGUCUACUGAUUCGUCGCCGACCACCACCAUUUCUACCUUCGAUUCGCCUUCCGGCCCAGAGACAUCUCCCAGCUCUUCCCCGGAAUCUCCGACGUCCAUGCCACUGUCAUAUCCCAAAUUCAUGCCACCCCCGCGCAAUGUCGAGAGCCACUCGCUCUCGACAGCCCAUAACAACCUUUCCAAAUUGUCGUCCGACACACCGAAUCCCGUACGCCCAGACUCUCCCGGCAGACGGGCACGAAACCUGAAGAAUUUAUCCUUGAGAAUGCCUCCACCCUCACAGUCUUCCCGCCCUCCAAUUGCGACAGCUCCAUUGUUGAAACAACCUCGCAACACCAUCUGUCCGCGCCACCGUCGCCACAAUAUCUCUGAGGUUCCCCCUACCCCACUCUGCCGGCAACCGUUGCGACAUACUGAAUCUUCUCCAUCACUAAAUUCGAUCUUCUCCCCUUCAUUUGGUCCCAAAGGUGGCAUGCAAUUACCUAGGCCCAUGACCCAUCAUGGCAGUCGACGACCAUCAGCUUCGGAGGAUAACCCGUCGCCUUUGCAGCCAGUCCCCGAUGAAAACUCAGUUUCUGGCAGUGUGCUCCAUGAAUUAGAGGAGGAGGAUGAUCACCUAGACUCGAGAGAGUCCACUAGACGUAAUGAGCGGGGCUACCCGAAUGGGCCUAUCCAAAUCUAUGACUCCGGAGUCUACUUGUACUUGGAACCGACAGUACAAGAAGCGUCCCAGUUUGAUGUUGUCGUCAACGUGGCCAAGGAAGUAGUAAAUCCAUUCACUAACACAAACACCAACAACGGAUCUGUCAUGAGUGUCCUUCGGAAUGCGUGCCCAAAUCCCAAGGCGGUGCCGACCGAAGUUCCAGAAACAGCCAUGUCAGACAUUUCCUUCAAGUCCGCCUUUGAGUACCCCCCGAAUGAGUCGUUGCCUGGCACACCUCACAACGACGCAUCCAAGCCAGAAUACAUCCAUGUGGGCUGGGACCAUAACUCAGAAAUACUCGAUGAUCUCUUACCCCUCUGCAAGCUCAUUGAUUCGCGCAUUUCGCAAGGGAAAAAGGUCCUUGUUCACUGUCAGCUGGGUGCCAGCCGAUCCGCUUCGCUGGUCAUCGCAUAUGGUUUAUACAAAAACCGGCAUUUGGAUUUCAACUCCAUGUACGAGAUUGUCAAGGGGAGGAGUCAAUGGGUGGGCCCUAAUAUGAGUCUUAUCUACCAAUUGACGGAUUUCCGCUCCCGGUUGCUCCGGGGUGGCCCGUCAAAACCGGCGCCCGAGGAGUGGUUUGCGGAAGGACUUCGGAGGGGUUCUGAACCGCAACCCUCUCAAACUGAGGCGAUGAACCAGUCCGGAAUCGUGACUCCAGCUCUACCGGCUUCAUGCGCUGGUCUGUCGCAGGCCUCGACGAGCUCACUCUCGGUGCCUUCGACAAACCAGACCACGCCUACUUCUGCUGAAAGUCUAAGUUUUCCAAAAACCCCUUCGCAUAAGCGAAGCCUAUCCCCGCGGCCAUUAACCCUACGGAAGUCCAGCUUCCAAGUCGGCGACUCGGCAGUACGAUCGAUCCGUCCAGAGUCUUUUUUGAAUUCAUGGCGUCCGGAGAGCGGGCCUUACUCCUUAGCCAAGACCGACAUCUUCGUGCGGGAUGGUCCAGCAGAACCCCCUGCUCUCUUCUCACCUAGAACUACUGGCUUUCUGGCGGCACCGAUGUCACAGUCAGUCUCUAGUCAACUAGAGAAUAAUGGGCUACACGGCCUCCGGUUCGGGUCGCGGAUAGCGGAUCCUAGGUCUCCUCCCCCAGGGAACGAGCGUCUGAUCAUGAGAAAUAUUGACGAAUUUUUAUAA